GCCCCGUGCAGAAAAAAAAAAAAAGAAAAAGAAAAAACCAAGACAGAGACGCACUCCAGUGACUCGGAAUUAUAAUAAUAAGGCUGUGUUGUUUAUCUAAAGAAGAGGGGCUGGACGUUGGUUCAGAUCUGCAGCCUUCCCUCGGCUUUUCCUCCCCCCUCCAGUAACUUUUUCUGCUCCUUCUUCCAGUCUGCUCUUGCUGCCUUUCCACCGAGCCAAGGUCAGCGGCAGUGACCGCCCACAGGAGCUGUCAGCGCGGCGUCGGAGCUCCACGGUGCCCGGCCUCUGUCCCACAUCAGCCUCCGUAAGCUCCAGGAAAUAAAGAUACCCGGACCGACACCGUUACGCACGCAUAGAGUAGGAAUAAGAGGACGAAAAGGUCAGCCUCGGAGGAGUAAAUGAGCUAGAACCGAGUUCAGCUCACGUCCAGUUUGUGAACUUUACGCGGAGUGACACCAUGUUGGGAAACCCGGGGACGUACGCGAACAAGAAGAGGAAGAAGCCCGUCCUCAAACAUAAAAAAACAUCAGAUGGGAGCGAAGUGGUCAAGUCCAAUCCGUCCAAACGCCACCGGGAUCGGCUGAACGGCGAGUUGGACCGGCUCACAGAGCUGCUCCCCUUUCCUGAAGACAUUCGCUCUCGUCUGGACAAACUGUCGGUGCUUCGGCUCAGCGUCGGAUACCUGAGGGUCAAGAGCUACUUCAAAGCGACCCUAAAGAACGGGAAUGGGAACAACAGUCUGGUGUUUCCAGGCAUCAAUGGGCAGAAUGGGAAUGGCAUGGACGCCUGGGGAUUCUCAGAAGGCGACCUGCUGCUCCAGGCCUUAAAUGGGUUUGUGAUCGUGGUCACGUCGGAGGGGUUGGUGUUCUACACCUCAGACACCAUCAAGGACUACCUGGGCUUCCAUCAGUCGGACGUGGUUCACCAGAGUGUGUUUGACCUCAUCCACACCGACGACCGGGCCCUGUUCAAGCAGCAGCUCCACUUCGCCUUUAACCCUCCACCAGCAGGAGCUUUGCAGGGUUGUGGUGAUACUGGGAUCUACAGUCCAGACCAGCUUCCACCAGAGAACUCCUCAUUUUUGGAGAGAAGUUUCGUAUGUCGCUUUCGGUGUCUUCUCGACAACUCGUCUGGUUUUCUGGCCCUUAAGUUCCAGGGACGACUGAAGUACCUUCAUGGCCAAAGCCUUUUGAGGGACAACGGGACAUGUGUCCAACCACAGCUGGCUCUGUUCUGCAUUGCAGUGCCAGUCCAGCCUCCGUCCAUCGUGGAAAUCAGGGCAAAGAUGCUCCUGUUCCAGACCAAGCACAGGCUGGACUUCACACCGACAGGCGUCGACAGCAGGGGGAAGAUUGUUCUGGGUUAUUCAGAGGCUGAACUGUGCUCAAAAGGUUCUGGAUACCAAUUCAUCCAUGCAGCUGAUAUGAUGUACUGUGCUGACAAUCACAUCCGGAUGAUUAAAACAGGAGAGAGCGGUCUGACAGUUUUCAGACUCCUGACAAAGUCAGGGAGCUGGAUUUGGGUGAAGUCCAACGCCAAAGUGAUCUUCAAAGGAGGAAGACCCGAGUUCAUCAUCGCAUAUCAGAAAGCUCUGGUUAACGCUGAGGGCGAGGACUACCUUCGCCAGAGGAGGCUUCAGCUGCCGUUCAGUUGCACCACAGGCGAGGCAGUCCUCUACAACUCCAGCCCAACUGUGGACAUCACAGAGUUCCAGUUCAAUAAAAUGUUCAACAGCAGCAAUGUGGAGAAGGAGGGAGAUCCUCAGUCUUUGCUGGACUGCUUCUUGAAACAGGAUCAUGGGCUCUACUCCCAGCCCAUUGAGUCGCCGUUACCUGUGGACCAGGUGUUCAUGGACAGCCGGGCCUUGGUCACCAUCGCUAAUGAUGCUUGGCAGGGAACUGGCUCCGAUGCAGUAGGAGACUCAGUCGUAGUGAAAGAGGAGGCUAAAACCUCAGUGAUGGCAGUGAUUGAAGGCCUGGAGAAAAUGGCUCAGAAUGGGGACUUUUGCGCAGCGUUGCAGAGUUUGGAGGUCGACGACACUCAGUUGCUGGAGUGGGAAAACACCCUGAGGAGAUUAAGCGAUGAUCAACAGAAUAGCCUGAGGUCUGACUUGGACACCAUUGUCACCAACGACAUAUUCGACUACAUUGACUCUGUUCUGUUUGAGGAGAAGGUGGACACCAGCCCUCCGAGCUGCCUCAGCGGCGUCGGCAACAAUCUGCAGGAGCCGUUCGCUCAGGCCAACCCCUUCCCAGCCACCGGGCUGUCUGAGCCACAGAUGUUUCGAACGCCAAGUCCCGAUUGCGCUUAUUCUCCUGUGAAUGGACUGUAUGCUCACCAGCAGGAUGCCAGGGGCUUGAGGCCGAGCUCAGAGGAUUCUCCAAUUUUCAACGGAACCCAGAAACUGUCCCACCCAGGGGUCCUGCAGGCCGAGGGCAACCUGCCGCCCAUUCAGCAGCUGCAGCUCCAGGACAUUUUCAGCCUGGCGAUUGAGCUUCCAGAGCUCACUGUUCCCAACACCUCGCUCACAUUUGCAUCCUGUGGGCAGACGUCCAGCCACCGUCAGGGUCAACCUCAGCCCAGCCAACACCUGCUCUGUCCUCAAAAUAACUCACAACAUCCUCCAGCAAAUAGACAACUGCUGCAGAGCUCUAUUCAGCAACCCAGCGCCGUCCCCUCCAGUGCUACGGACAUUCUGCCACCACUGAUCCAAUGCAAUGACUUUAAUUCCCCAAACACACCCAAUAUCCCCGUUCCUUUUUCAACAUCCUGUCUGCAAGGAAGCACUCACUUUGAACCACCCAACCAACAAACCCAGCAGUGGCCCCAGAGCCAGACACAGAAGCUGCCUCACAGUGGGAUCAUGCAAAACCUACCAGAACCCAUGCAGGCGUGCCACAACCAAACUUCACAAAGCCAAACAUUUCCAAAUGGUGGCCAUUUGCCAAGGAGUGUUAACGGACUGAACCACUCUCAGCAGGGGGGGCUGGCAUGUGGACAGGAAGCCACUCACAGCAGCUGCAUGUUUGACCAGCCCUUUUCAUCCGGUCCAGCAGGGGACGGCGUCUUCACAUUCUCUGGGUCUUUGUGCCUGAGCGGGGCUGGGACAUCCCUGGAUCAGAGUCCUCCUCAAGGUUCCUGCUACUUCCAGUGGGGUCGCAGUGAGCCGGUGGUGGGAACGGCCGCCAUCAGCCAGGAGAACGUCAACAUAAGCCCCCUGACCUUUUCGUCCGGCAUGUCUUCAUCAGACCACUGCUUCAACAUCCAACAGCUGCUGGAAUGCCAAAGAAAGACACAGAAAAACAACAUCCCAGAUGAACACAACAGGGGUUCCUUCUGCUCGUGAUGAAACUAUCUUCCUUUCACACAGACCUGAGCCAUGAUGUCUCGUAGAACGACAAAAGCCAGCAGUUAGCCUGUAUCAGUGCCUACCCUCUGAUUUCCACCCUUGUGUUACUGCAGUUUGUUUUAUAUUGCCCAAUCUCAUAUAUAUAUAUAUAUAUAUAUAUAUAUAUAUAUAUAUAUAUAUAUAUAUAUUUCUUUUUUUUUUUUUUUUUAACGCAUGUAUACUUCGUCCAAUGCAGUAGCUUGUCAUUUUUUUUUGUCUGAAGAUACACUAUGAUAACAAUGAAGUAUAAAGCCACAAGUGUGUUUACAAAGAUGGAGUUGGAGGUAGCUCGGAGGAUUGGUCAAGUGAAUCCAAACAGCCAAAGAAAUGUUUUUAUAAGGGAAACCGCCGCAUACUCUGUUCCCUAUAUCCAUCCGGGGACUUUCAGAUCUUUGUUAAAUACACACCUGAACUGAAUGAAAUGUCUUUUUUAGUUAAAGAUGCAGAAAAUAGUUGCCUUAGUUAAACUAAGUGGAUGCUCUAUAAGCAUUGUAAUCAGAAUUGAUCAAAAAUGCAUUCAAUCUGAAAUUAUUUGCGUGCUUUGAAUGAAACCAACGCUCAAUGUAAAAUUUUUAAAGAAAUCACAGAAGCACAUAUUAGUAUUGGCUUAACAAUGCAAAGUACAUUGAGGAAUGAAAGAAAAUUACAGUUGAAACGCAUUCAAGCAAAGUGAAAAAAAAAAAAAAGAUUUCUGUGCGUUUGUGUGUCGUCCAGCAGGGGGCAGCACAGGAGGAUGAAUCACACAAAAUAACAGUCCCUGAAUGCACCGCUUUGGAUCUUUUUGCAACUGUAAAAAUGCACAUCACAGUGAAUUAUGGCAUGUUAGCAUUUUGUUUUUUGUGAUUUGUGAAGACAUUUUAAAUAUUCCACAUUUUAUUUGAUAUACUCUUAUAUUUUCUCCAGCAGGUCUGCUUUGGUUUAAUGAAAUCUCACGUAUUUGGGAAGCAUCAGUAUGUGCAGUGUACAGAUGCUUCUGUGGUGCAUUGAACGCAUCAAUCUGUCAGAUCCGCAUUUGAUUAUGUGUUGGAAAUGCACCUCAGGAAAUCAUGAGGGUCUCCAGGUUUAUUAUGAACUAUAGGUCGACUGACAAUGGAUGUUUAUGGAUAUUUAAACCCCAUUAAAUUCAUAUUAGACUCAUAAAUAUUGACACCUGUUGAACUGAAUGUCUACGUCCUGCAGAGACACUUAAGUCCUGAAAGGUGAUAUUUUUUUCUUGUGCAACUGAUUGAUUUAUUUUUUGUGAAGCAUGAUAUCAGUAAUGAAUUAUCCUUUAUUCCUGUGGAAGAAGCAGAACUAAUUCACCCUCUCUUCACCCCUACGUUAUAUAUCAGUCUUCAGUCAUAAUGUUAAAUAGAAAAUAAGCAAAACUCUCCUAUGAAGGCAUUAAGAACAAGAGUAUUAUAAAGAUGCAUCGAGGCAAAAUACAGAUAUUUGUGUUACAAUGUAAGAAAAAUGACCAGAUUUGUCAGAAAAACAAACACUGCUUUAAAAAAACAGAUAGUGACAAAUAUCAGUACAUUUUCUUUUUGGAAUUGUUCAUUAUUUUGUGCAAAAAAGAUGAAAAAUAUCACCGUUUUGUGACUUUGGAGACUCUGUACAGGCAAAAUGACAAAUAAUUUAAUGAAUAUACUUGCAUCACUGAACAUGAAACUAAAUGUAAAAACGCAGAAGAGUCAAAAUUAAUGUUUUCCAGCGGAGAAGCCUAAUAUUAUCUGUUCAGUUUCUGCCAAUUGUGACAGUUUGUAACAUCCAGUUGUCUAUGUGUUCAGCUAACAGCCAUCACACAUGCAAACUUUACAUUACUGCUUUAUAUCCAAGUAAGUGGAGCUUUAUUAAAACAUGUAAAUAAGUAAAUAAUCCGCAAAACUAGACUGGGGUUUUAGAGGCGUUUUUGAAUACAGUGAGUCCUGUGACACUGAGCUUUAAGAAAGUAGUCCAUCAGACGUCGCAUAGAUCUUCAUCAUGUUUUUUGGACAUCUGUAAAUACUGGUGGCUGUUCAGAUUCAGGCAGACAUGACUCUAAACUGAGAAUAUCAUCAGGUUCAUCUGUCGUACAUAUAUAUAUAUUUAAGGUUUUGUUUGGACUGAGAGGAGCAGGUUUUUAGACAUUCUGGUUAUUUUUCCCCUGAUUUAAGCUCCUCCAGCUUCAGACAAACCUUAGAACACAAGAUUGCAUGACAUCUUUAUUAACCAAAACUAAGGUUGCAUUCAGGUGCUGCUCAACUUGUGAUUAAAUAAAAACCACAAGUUUGAUCAGGUGGUCAACAAUGAUUUAACCUUUGACCUUUGACUGUCAAAACCUGAUCAAUUCCCCCUUGAGUCCAAGUGAAUGUUAAGUGCACUUUACAAGCAAAAAUAAAAUCCCUCAAAAUUUACCGAAUACAUCUUAUCUAAAAGAAUUAACACAGAAAUCAACAACAAUCUUGACCUUUGACCUUUGGCCUCUUAAAUCUAAUGAGUUCAUCGUUGACUCUAAGUGAAUAUUUGUGGCAAAUGAGACCAACCCCCCCCCACACACACACACACACACAAAAAAACAAACUCAAAGCACUUAUGAAACUUCACAUUUAACCCUUGGGUGGUGUUUGGGUCUGUGGGACCCCUUUCAUUUUUUAUUUAAAGAAAAAUGAUGAGUACUUAUUUUUUAAUGAAUUGUUUCCUCUCAUAUCUUAACCUAUUACAUUUUGUAAGAAAAAAACUAACAAUGAGUAGUAGUUUAAUUCAUAAAUGUGAUCUAGCAAAAUCAAAAGGCACAUAUAUGCUUUUAUAUUGCUUGUAGUUGGGAUGAAGUAAACAUCUGUUGAGUAUUUUAACAUAAAAUUGUUUGAUUAUGUUGAAUUAAAAACACACAAAUGCAGCGGGUCCACCACACCCACAAACACUGGCUGAAGAGCAAAAAUGUGAACGCCACACAAGGGUUAGAAGGAUGGAUGAAGAAUGGACAAGGUCACAGUAGCCUUGACCUUUGACCUCUGGCCACCAAAAUCAUCUCAAUAUAUCAUUAAGUCAAAGGAACAACAUUCUGUCAAACCUUUCCUGUAAUUUCUUGCAGUUUUUUCCGGGGAUUAAUUGAUAAAAUAUAGAGAUAGAGAUUUACCACAGAUGCAUCUUAACAAAAACCGUAAAUAACAAGUCAAAUAAGAAACAGUGGUUGAAAUGAAAGUGAAACAGGAUGAGUCGACAUGUAUUGAUGCAGUUUAUGCCACGUGUGAUGGACAACCAGCAGACAGUGUAGCACUUAACGGUAAAAUCAGUUCAGUUUUUCAGUCCACUCUCUGACUCUGGCUGCUAGUUCUUUUUUCAUCCAAUGUGUUCAUCCUCCCAACUUGUCACAUUGUGAUGCUCAGUCAGGACGCCACAUUUCAAGGAGUCAUUUAGUCCAAAAGACCAAAAAAGACCAGUGGUGCUUGGCUCAUUUUGCUUUGGAACCAACAUUUUCAGCUGGUCAUUAAAUGUAGACCCAGUUUACCACAAACAGUAACUGUCUUGACUUGAAAAUUUCCUUAAAAUUCACAGAUGUGACAGAUAUAAAUGUUUUAAGUUGUCUCUUGCCUUUGAAAAUUGUCUUUAUCAGAUUUUUUUCAGAUUUUUUCUUUUUCGGAUUUGGCAGAUGUUCAUCAGCAUGUCUGUCCAAACAGCCGUUAGACUUUGUUGGACCCAUUCAGAAUAAAUCUUGUAUCCUUUUUUGGGUCUUCACUGGUUGAGGAAAGUGUAGUUGGAUUCAGUUCACAGUCGUGGUUUUAAGUUUUAUUUUUCUAUUUAUAUUUUUCUACAUGUUUCUGGUGUUUUUUUCUUGAGAACCAUCAGAAACAUUUCACAAUUUUGAAGACUUAUAUUGUCAAAUAAAUCACAUUUAUGCAAAGAGUCGAUUUUUGUCACAUUUAUGUCACUGCCAAAACUUUGAGCCACGACUGUAGGCUUUGAAACAACUGGUAGGGCUCGGAAAAGAGUCAGGGCACAGGCCAAAAGAGAGAAAGUGCAGAAUGUAAAGUCCACCAAAUGGGAUAAAAACCUGUUGUCGUCAGUUUCACUUUGGAUGUUGAAAGGGCUCUUUUUGCAUUUCAUGCAAUUUCACCCCUUUUUGUCAGUUUUGUAGAACUAAAGAUGCAGUCUGUGGAUCAGGAAUGCAGUCAGCCCCUUUAGCAGCAGCAGACGGAGGUGGAUCUUCAGCAACACACCCAAAAAUACCCGAAAGAUAUAUAUCGCAUUAAACCAAACAUUAAUUUAUGAUAUACCCAUACUAAGCCAUAUACAGUAUAAAGUUUUUUGUGCCUUUUAGCCACGUGGGCAGCUACAAAUUCAUAUAAAUAUAUGCCUCGCUGUACAAAGCAUGUUAAGAUCAUGUUUUCUUCAUUUCUUUUUUUUUUUCUCACUGUUGUUCCAGAGCUGCUCUUGUUAAUGUAAUAUCUGUUAAUUAAAAAGACACAUACACUCUGAGGGAUUUCUCUGCUUUCCAGUGCAUCUACAGCAAUAGAAACAAGGGGAAAACUACAUUUUAAUCAUGAUGUAUCUCAGAGGAGCGGAGAAUGUGGAGAUUUUUGUUUGUUCGUUGUUUUUAUGAUUUAUUUUGCUGAAUGUGUUUUCUAAAUGUUGCCUUUGGUCUAUUUUGACUUCCCUCUAUUGCGCUUUUAAUAUCAACACUACAAAAACCAACUAACGGAUUGACCUGAACAGCAUUAAUACGGCAGCUGAUAUCCGGAUUCCUGCUGCAGCGUGGGAAAUCUCUCAGUAUUUUAACUUUUUCCUCAAAAAAUCUCAUUUGUAUCCAGAGAAUACCUGAAAACAGCUGGAUCUUAAAGGCCCAGACAGGUGUGAAUGUGGCCUCUGCGUUGAAGUGAAGUGGACUGUGGCGGCUUUUAAUGAUGGACUUUAACACUGACAGGAUAACCGAGGCCACGACAAAAACAAAAUCAAAAUCUGGUGCCAAAUGUUUGAUUCUUUCCUCUUUUCACAACAGUGUUGAUGUUAAAGCUCACAUGUGCCUUGACAGUUGCCAUAUUUUUCCUUCCUUGUAAAAUAUUUGACAGUUAUUCAGCUCAGCAUAAUCCACUUUUACUUAUCCAAGUACUUAUAGUAUGUAUACUAUAAUAUAUGUCCAACAAAUAACCACCCAUUGUCUAUUGUCAAUGCUUUUUCAUAAAUAUAUUUGUGCAAUGCC